AUAAGAACAUCAGCUAAAGUAAGCCUAUCCUUCCAUGAAAGAAGCAUCGAUGAAAAAACGAACGUGGAACCGUUGUUUCAAGAAUUGCUCUGAGCCAUGGCUGCGCCAUUUCAUAGCCACGGACCCCAUAUCAAGGCCGUUGAGACUACAUCCAUGUUUGGUAAACAAAGGAAGGGGGCCAAGUCGAAGUCAAGAGGGCAAAACUGCCUGAUCAGCGUUCGGAAGUCGGCUUUGGGGGUGGGAAAUAGCGUGUGCAAACUGGUAAGCUAUCGGCGAUGGGCUGAUGUCAAUUUGAAAUUCUUUUUAAUUAGCUCUUCCCCUUCCAGUUUUAGCCCCAAUCCUGUGACAUCACGUGCCAGCUCCUUCCCGUCACCCAUGGAGAUGCAUCAUUGCCAUAUCCGUCCUUCGUCCGUAUGGAUGGUGGUGAGAGGUCGACCAGAAAAUUACACGACCAUCAGCCUCAAUAUGCUGUGCUUGGGGCCGCCGGAGAAGAGAGGGGGCGGGGGAGGGGAGAAAUGGUGUAUAUUCUUCAUGAUCAUAGCGAGAAAAAUAUCCCGUGAUUGAUCUGUUUAAGCGCUUGUGCCAUCCCGACUCCCGAGAUCCACCGCUGACGGUCUGGAAAUGAGGGCUCAGAGCCAAUCUCUCAUCUCAUCUGGCGCCUAACCAUUUGAUAUCGUCGGAGAC